CAUAACUUCUCUACGAGCUUUAGAAUCAUUUUCAUUUUCUUUUCGACCAAAGUCAAAACAUGGGUAGUAAUCCUAAGAGGCUUCAUGUUAUGUUCUUCCCUUUCAUGGGUCAUGGUCACAUGAUACCAACCCUAGACAUGGCUAAGCUUUUCUCAAGCAGAGGAGCUAAAUCCACAAUCCUCACCACACCUCUCAACUCCAAGAUCCUCCAAAAACACAUCGACACAUUCAAGAACCUGAACCCGAGUCUUGAAAUCGAAAUCCAAGUCUUGGACUUCCCUUGCGUGCAGCUCGGGUUACCAGAAGGAUGCGAAAACGCCGACUUCUUGACCUUAAGCAACAAAGAUGAUAGGCAGGACAUGAUCACUAAGUUCUUUUUGUCGACAAGGUUUUUCAAAGGCCAGCUUGAGAAUCUCCUCGAGACAAUGCGACCA